CAGGACAACCCCGCUGGCGCCGCCGUCCUGCCGGGGCCGGAGUUGGGGGGAUGUCCUUGGCCUUCCCUGUGGGCCGGAGGCAAAUCCCCUGCCUGUCCUUCUUGCUUCCUGCCCCAGGCCCCGAGCUGAGGACGGAGAGCCCGGAGGACAAAUCCCCCCGUGAGACCCUGGUGGGAGAGGCCGUUUUGAAGGGCUCCCCGGCGCAGGAAGGCAGCGGGGAGGAAAAGGGCCGGAGAUCCCCCCGCAGGAGGGGCUCCAAAGCCAGCCCAGGGUGCUCUGAGGAGGAAAGACCCAGCCUGUGCCAGGAAGGCGGCCAGAGCUUGAGGCGGAGCUCUGAGCUGGUGGUCCCUGAGCAGCCUCCCAGCAGAGAAAAGCCCUUCAGAUGCUUGGAAUGUGGAAAGAGCUUCAGGCAGAGCUGUGACCUCCUCAAGCACCAGCACAUCCACACUGGGGAACGACCCUACUCAUGUGGGGAAUGUGGGAAGAGCUUCAGGGACAGCUCCACCCUCCGCACCCACCAACGCAUCCACACUGGAGAACGGCCCUACAAGUGUGGGGAGUGUGGGAAGAGGUGUCGGACCAGCUCAGAUCUCGUCGUGCACCAGCGGACGCACACAGAUGAGAGGCCCUUCCGCUGCACCGACUGUGGGAAGGCCUUCAAGCAGAACUCCCACCUUGUCACCCACCGGCGCAUCCACACCGGGGAGAGGCCCUACAAGUGUGGGGAGUGUGGGAAGAGCUUUAGCCACAGCUCCCACCUGAUCCGGCACAAGCACAUCCACACAGGAGAGAAGCCCUUCAGGUGCUUGGAAUGUGGGAAGAGCUUCAGUCAGAGCUCUCACGUGCUCCGACACCAGGACAUGCACACUGGGGCACGUCCCUACACGUGUGGAGAAUGUGGGAAGAGCUUCAGCCAGAACUACCACCUCCGCACCCACCAGCGCAUCCACAGCGGGGAACGGCCCUACAAGUGUGAGGAAUGUGGGAAGAGCUUCAGCCGGAGGUACCACCUCCGCACCCACCAGCGCAUCCACAGUGGGGAACGGCCGUACACAUGUGAGGAAUGUGGGAAGAGCUUCAACCGGAGCUUUCACCUUUGUUCCCACCAGCACAUCCACACUGGAGAAUGUCCUUACACGUGUAGGGAAUGUGGGAAGAGCUUCAGUCACAGCUCCACCCUCCGCAAACACCUUCGCAUCCACACUGGGGAACGGCCCUACAAGUGCUUGGAAUGUGGGAAGAGGUUUCCAACCAGGGGGAAUCUCUACACGCAUGAGCGGACGCACAGGGAUGAGAGGCCCUUCUGCUGCACCGACUGCGGGAAAUGGUUCAAGGAGAAAUCCCAUCUUGUCACCCACCGGCGCAUCCACACCGGGGAGAGGCCCUACAAGUGUGGGGAGUGUGGGAAGAGAUUCACCCAGAUUGGUGUCUUGACCAAACACCAACGGACCCACCAGUAAGGGAAGCCCUACCAGUGCCCUGACUGCGGGAAGAGCUUCGGCCGCUGCUUCCACCCCGAAUGAAGCCCCUGAUGGUGAGGCAACCCCUGGAGUCCAGUGACUGUCAGUCCAUCCCUUUCGACCACAAA